AUGGAAUCUCCGAGAACCCCGUCAUCUCCAGCGAAAAUUCUCCUAGGUAAAUACGAAAUCGGUCGCCGACUCGGCAGCGGAAGCUUUGCCAAGGUCCAUUUGGCUCGUUCGAUCGAGAAAGAUGAGCUCGUCGCCAUUAAAAUCAUCGAGAAGAAGAAAACCAUUGAAUCCGGCAUGGAGCCGAGGAUAAUCCGGGAGAUCGAUGCCAUGCGUCGUCUCCGUCACCAUCCCAACAUCCUCAAGAUCCACGAAGUCAUGGCGACCAAAUCUAAGAUCUACAUCGUCAUGGAGCUAGCCGACGGCGGCGAGCUUUUCUCCAAAGUCCUCCGCCGCGGACGACUCCCCGAAUCGACGGCGCGUCGUUACUUCCAGCAGCUAGCCUCCGCGCUCCGCUUCUCUCACCAAGACGGCGUCGCUCACCGCGACGUGAAGCCGCAGAAUCUACUCCUCGACAAGCAAGGGAACCUCAAGGUCUCCGACUUCGGCUUAUCCGCCUUGCCGGAGCACCUUCAAAACGGACUCCUCCACACGGCGUGCGGAACGCCGGCUUACACAGCUCCAGAGGUCAUUUCGCGGCGAGGAUACGACGGAGCUAAAGCGGAUGCGUGGUCCUGCGGAGUCAUCCUGUUCGUCCUUCUCGUCGGAGACGUUCCUUUCGACGAUUCCAACAUUGCGGCCAUGUACAGGAAGAUUCACCGGAGAGAUUACCGAUUCCCGAGCUGGAUCUCGAAACAAGCCAAAUCGAUCAUCUACCAGAUGCUCGAUCCGAAUCCGGCGACGAGGAUGAGCAUAGAAACCGUCAUGAAAACAACAUGGUUCAAAAAAUCCCUAGAAACUUCCGAAUUCCACCGCAACAUCUUCGAGUCGGAGCCAUUCCUGGAGAAAAUUAGCAUCAACUCGGUAACAGCUUUCGAUCUAAUCUCGUUCUCGUCGGGACUAGAUCUCUCCGGAUUGUUCGAGAUUAAGAAAAAGAAAGAACGGAGAUUCACAGCGAAAGUCUCCGCCGUCGAAGUUGAGGAGAAAGCGAAAUCCAUCGGUGAGAAACUCGGCUACGCAGUGAAGAACAAGACGAAGAAAGAAGGAGAAACGACGAUAGUUGGAUUAGGAAGAGGAAGAACAGCGAUAGUCCUCGAAGCAGUGGAGUUAGCGGUCGAUCUCGUGGUGGUUGAAGUCAAAGUCGCCGAAGGAGAAGAAGACGACUCACGGUGGUCCGAUUUGAUCACUGAGCUUGAAGCAAUAGUUCUCUCAUGGCACAAUGACGUCAUGUAA